UCUUGUCAUUUAUCCAGUAGCACCCAAAUCAAAUGCCCACGGGUGUGCCUCUGCCGCCAUGACCCAUGAGCGCCAGCGCCACCACCUUGCGCGACGCCGCGGCCAUCCUCGGCGCCCUCUCCGCCGCCUCCGCCGCCUCCGCCGCCCAGCUCCACGCGCCCGCCCUAAAGCUCGGAUUUCUCCCCUCCUGUCUCCACCUCUGCUCGUCCUUCCUCAAAUCCUACGCCGCCUCCGGCCGCCUGGCCUCCGCGCGCCAGCUGUUCGACGAAACCCCCCGCCGGGACAUCCCUCUAUGGAACACCCUCGUCUCCGCCUGCGCGCGCUCCCGUCAACCCCACCACGCUCUGCUCGCUGUGUCCGCAAUGGUGGGCGAGGGCUCCCGUCCCAACAACCUCUCCGUCACGAGCCUCUUGUCUGCGUGCGCGCAACUGAGGAGUCUGGUGCACGGGAGAGAGCUCCACGGGUAUGCCGUGAGGAAUAUCCCUGUUCUUGAUUUGCGCGUUCUCAAUGCGCUGGUAAGCAUGUACGGGAGAUGCGGGCGGUUCGCUGAAGCAAGCACGGUGUUCGCCGGUAUGGGGAAUAAGAGCGUGGUUUCUUGGACGUGCAUGAUCAAUGCUUGCUGCGAGAACGGACGCCCAGCAGAGGCGCUGGAGGUGUUCAACGAGAUGAGGCUUGCCGUUGUGAAGGUCGAUGAGGUCACCCUGCUCGCAGUCAUCUCAGCGUGCACAAAAUUGGAUUGUACGUCGGAGUUGGGCGAGUGGGUGGAGGAAUAUGCAUGUGAGAAUGGCUUCUUGGAGAAGACCCGUGUCGCCAAUUCACUCAUCCAUAUGCAUGGUAAGAUGGGGAGGGUGAAGAAGUCAUGUGAGAUAUUUGACUCGAUGAAUGUGAGGACUGUGGUCUCAUGGACAGCCAUGAUACAGGCACUUGCUGUGCAUGGGCAUGGGGUGGCUGCCCUUGUUCGGUUUUCGCAGAUGCUCAGACAAGGUUUCUGGCCUGAUGAGGUUAUCUUCUUGAGCAUGAUCAAUGCUUGUGGCCACUCCAGGCUAUUGAGUGAAGGGCGCCAGUUGUUCAAGUCCAUGGUCGAAGACUAUCACAUCACACCAUGGAUGGAGCACUAUGGAAGCAUGGUGGACCUGUUGUGCAGAUCUGGCAUGUUGGACGAGGCGUUUGAGUUUGUCCUGGCCAUGCCUGUGAAGCCUGAUCCCGUAAUAUGGCGUGUAUUGACCGGAGCAUGCCGUGAUCAUGGAAACAUGAAUUUAGCGAGGAAGGUGAUGGAUCAUGUGAUCGACAUGGAGCCUGACCAUGAGGGGAAUUAUGUGCUGGCAUCAAACUUAUAUGCUGCCAAUGAGAACUGGGGACGUGUUGUGGAUGUAAGGGUGGAGAUGGGUGUGAGGAAAGAGACGUCAAGAUGCAGUACUGCCCUGUCUUACAUUGAAGUCAAUGGUGAAGAAAAUGCAGAAAGCUUCUCAACUGCACAGCACCAGUGAGAACAUGUUGAGGACCUGAAUCAGAACAGAGAGCAGAGGUACAACACUAUGGUGCUCCCAGAUCUGAAUAGCACUCCACCUGGAGGAGAGGAAGAUGUACAUAUGUCUGAAGAAGAGGAAGAUGUACAUAUGCCUGAAGGAGAGGAAGAUGUACGUAUACCACGGGCAAAACCAGAUCUACCAGACACUCACAAAUUUGCAGCAUAUAUUGCACUAAAAGCACUUAGCAGGGAUGGAGAAAUUGACAAGAGAGACAAAGAACGUGUAGCUGGUCUGCUGAACACAAGUGUCAGAACCGUUGAAAGAAUAUGGAAGGAGGCAAAUGCCCAGCUUGCAAGAGGAGAAGAGAUCAAUGUGUCUAAUAAAAGGAAGCGGAGAUGUGGUAGAAAGAGGGCAGACCUUGAUCUCUCGAGGAUACCUUCAAUUCCCCUCAACAAAAGGUCUACACUGAGGGCACUCGCUAGGUCUCUGGAUGUACCAUAUUCUACCUUGCGGAGAAGGUUCAAAUGGGGAAAGAUAAGGAAACACACAAACAGUCUGAAGCCCACUCUGAAACCAGAAAACAAGCUAUCAAGGCUCAAGUUUUGCAUUUCAAUGAUUGAUCAAACAACAAUAGCAGAUGCAAUGCCCUCUUUCAUUGAUAUGCAGAACAUAGUUCACAUCGACGAGAAAUGGUUUGAUAUGACGAAAAGGAACAGAACCUAUUACCUCCAUGAAGAAGAACCAGAU